CGGCAAGCUCCUGGCCCGCAUAAGUUAAAACUGUGUACGGCACCCCACCCCUUUAUAUUACCAAUUCAAAUGGUACUUAUGAACUACGUUUGACUUGAUCUCCUUCACAGGAGUACGUAGGCAGCUCAAAAGUUUCAUUUUUGAGUUCAGUUCUAACAAAACAAAAAAGGGAGGAUAUCAGCAAAAAGAGUACGAAAAACAAAGUCAUACUGGAAUGUCGGAGUUCUCAAGUCUGUGCCUCACCUGAAAUUGAUUGAGUUGAGCCUCGAACAUCAUCUUCUAACAGCGCCCCCAUCUUGACAAUGUAUCAAGAUGUGCCACUCUAUCCUUCACACCGGUGAAGUGAUUGGUCUUGACACUGGCAAAGUAGCCAGACUCCAAACCAACGAAGUGGUCGUCUUUCAAACUGGCGAAAUGACUAACCUUCAUAAACGGCGAAAUGGCCGCCCUUCAUAAAUGGCAUCAGUAGGGCUUCGUAUUCACAGGACUUCAACAAAAUUCUUAAAUCGGUGUCAUCCCAACAAAGGGCUAAGCAGCACCGACAAUCGGCCUAAUUCAGUGCCAUCCCAACAAAGGGCUAAGCAGCACCGACAAUCGGCCUAAUUCAGUGCCAUCCCAACAAAGGGCUAAGCAGCACCGACAAUCGGCCUAAUUCAGUGCCAUCCCAACAAAGGGCUAAGCAGCACCGACAAUCGGCAAUCAGCCUAAUUUUUUUAAAUCGGUGCCAUCCCAACAAAGGGCUAAGCAGCACCGACGGUCCGAAAUCGACUUAAUCGGUGUCAUCCCAACAAAGGGCUAAGCAGCACCGACGAUCGUGAAUUAGCCUAAUUCUUUAAAUCAAUGCCAUCACAACAAAAGGCUAAGCAGCACCGACAAUUGACAAUCGGCAUAAUUCUUUAAAUCGGUGCCAUCCCAAUAAAGGGCUAAGCAGCACCGACGAUCGAGAAUCAGCCUAAUUCUUCAUAUCGGUGCCACUAACCCAACAAAGGGUCAUAAGCGACACCGAUGACCAGCAAGACUGCUUCAAGCUCCGGCAAGACCGCUUCAAGCUUCGGCAAAACCGCUUCAAGAUCCAGCAAAACCGCUUCAAGCUCCAUGAAAUUUCUCUCUGCCGCAUCAACAAAGCUCUAGCCAAGCAUCUGCUCCGGCAUCUCUAACCAUUGACCUCCGACGUCGAUCUCCUCAACGAGCACAGGGCCACCAUCCCACGUCACUUUGGUCUUCACAACGACAAAAUACCAGUCUUCACACCAACGGCCGUCAGUCACUCAAGUUCUUCCUUCUUUAAAUCAGUGCCAUCAUCUGAACAAUGGAGCAGGCGGCGCUAACGGCAUCAAAGGCUUUAGGCAGCAAGGAUGGUCCCUGUAUUAAAAAAAAGGCGAAAAAAAAGGAGCCAUAAAAAAGGGUUUUUAAAAAAAAAUCCAAAUCAGACCUCCCGGUUCAUCACAGCCCAGAUUCCCAUUUUAAGAUACUGAAUAAUGUGUCAAAGAGCCCAAUUUAAUGGCCCCAAGACAUCAUACGAAGCUCCUGAUGCAGACGAACGGAACCGCCAUCGGCUCCGUCAGCAACGGCAUCAUCACAGCUUCCAAAAAAAGUCUCUGCAGCUUCAGCCUAAUUCUUCGAUGAACAGGAGUAACGCCGCAGAUCUGCUCCUUCUUCCUCUUGGGCAGACGCUCACCAUCUCAGGCUGAACGAUUUUUAACGAUGGUGGCCUCUUCUAUGCUUCGAACGGUGACGACAACAGUAGCUUCUCUCUCCGGCAAACAGCAAUCAAUUGAAAACAUCUGCUCCCUCUCGCCAAGUCUGCAACAACGGCAUCUCCUCUCUCCAGCGAACCGCGAAUGGCACCAGCGACGGGUUCCUUUCUCCUUGAAAUCUCAGUCCGCUGCAUCUACAAAAGUCUAACCAGCGAUAUCACAAACUCAACUCCUGACGGAAUCAUCAUCCCGAAAAGAAAAAACAUUGUUGCCGGUUCUCCUUCCAAGUGCAGCGAACAACGCUCACCUUCUGCGGAACACACGAUCGACCAAACUUCUCCUCCUCGCCGGAAAUCACAAGCCCAAUCGAUGGAACCGGCAACAAAACAAGAACGGCGGCCAAACCAUUGCACCAGGACAGAUAUUGCAGCUACGGAAACAUUCAGUUUCUCUUCUCACAGCAAAAGGAAUCUCGAAUUAGCCCCAGCUGCCGGCAGGACCAGCGAUUUCCGGUGGUGGCAUGUCUUUUGCAGCUCUCUAUUCCUGCAAAACACCAAAAGCAUGACGAAUAAAACUAUUAACAUAAAAGAAGCUUACCUUUUGCCUUUCCUUGCUCUACGGAAUUGCUCUAUGAUAUUGCCCCUAUUUAUAAUUGAAUAUGAAUCGGGAUCCCCCACUGAGAGAAAGAAUUCAACUGGUAGUGUACUUGUGUUUAAGAGCAAAUUAUACCGUGGGAUCGGCCCACCGUGCGCACGGUGUGCCGAUCCCUAAACGGCGCCGCUUCGAUCAAAAACAACCAUCUUCUUCCUUCCCAACUAUCAGGCAGGCCGUCCGAUCAUCCCUGGAGAAGCUCUGUUGAAUCCUGAUUCCAGAGCAAUCCCCUACCAAUCCAAAUGGUUUUUCCGGCGAAUAUCUGUUCAGAAUCUGAGCAACCAUGGCUGGCCUUUAUUAUUUGCCGGCCACCUCUCUUCCAACUCUGUCAUUGGUUCCAAACUCACUGUCUUCACCCUUUCUGAGCUAACGAAGGAUUGAAAGAAGAGAACUCUAUCC